AUGGCGGACGUUGCCAAUAGACAUCCAGCUGCCACCAGAAGACAGGUGGCGUGCCAUAAACUUCAUCUGCAUAGUCCCCAAAGGUCAAAGAAGAAUGUGAUGGCAAAGAAGUCUGUUCAGCCUUUGGAAUUUGGCAAGUUGUCCAGUUUUGGCUCUAAAGAUCUGGCCAAAAAUGUUAAGAAAGAAUCAUUAAAAGUUCAAAAAAAUAACUACAGGAUGGAGAAGAAGAGGGCGACCAAUGAACUUUUGAGCACCCUGCAAGACCCUACCAUCGUGGUCCUCUCUGAUUGGCUGAAAGUUCGGGGCAGUCUCAAGAGUUGGACCAAGUUGUGGUGCGUGCUGAAGCCCGGUCUACUUGUGCUUUAUAAGAGUCAUAAAGGCCCUAGAGGAGAGAGUAUAGGUGCAUUAACGCUACCACUUCCAACAUCAUAUCUCAUAUUUAGAGCACCUUCUGAGGCAGCUGGCGUUAUUAUGUCGGUCAACCCAGCGUAUCGGGCCGAUUCGUUCAGCUCUACUACAAUGCCCGGCUGCAGUGGUGAUCUAGACGAAGACAUGAAAACAGACAAGGACGACGACAAAACGGACAGCGAUGACGACGACGAUGACGACGACGACAAGAUGAACAAGCGAGGUAAUGAUAACGAUGACUACGAGGAGGGGGGGAGGGACUCGAGGGGGUCCAGGGUCGUCGUGGCUGAUGUCCCCCCUGUGGAAAGCCCCUACGUGGAAAAUGUGGAGGAGGAGUUAGGACAGCUUGGGGAUGCUUCGCAAACGGAAGAGGUUGCCGACGAGAACAAAAGCAUCAUCUGGUCUCUGGUCAAGCAGGUCAGACCUGGUAUGGACCUGUCGAGGGUAGCUCUGCCGACCUUCAUUCUAGAGCCAAGGUCAUUUCUCGAUAAGCUGUCUGACUAUUACUAUCACGCCGAUCUUCUUUCCGAAGCCGUUAAUAUCGAAGACCCGUAUUCAAGAAUGAAGAUGGUAGUAAAAUGGUACCUGUCUGGGUUCUAUAAGAAACCUAAGGGCUUGAAAAAACCCUACAACCCCAUUUUGGGUGAGACCUUCAGAUGCUUCUGGAAGCACCCAAAAACAGGCAGUCGAACGUUCUACAUUGCCGAACAGGACGGAUUCACCAUUAGUGGGAGCAUUUUGGCAAAGUCGAAGUUUUACGGGAAUUCCCUGUCCGCCAUCUUGGACGGUGUUUGUCGUCUGGUUCUGCUGAAUAGAGGGGAGGAUUAUACAAUUACUAUGCCAUAUGCACACUGUAAAGGCAUUUUGAUUGGCACCUUAACGAUGGAGUUCGGUGGUGAAGUGUCUAUCCAGUGUGAGAAAACCGGAUAUAAGGCUGAUAUAGAAUUCAAGUUGAAGCCAUUUUUAGGAUUGGUCGGUGGUGAAGCUAGCAACAGGAUCGUCGGCAAAAUCAAACUCGGGGACGAGACCCUCUCCAGCAUCGAUGGACAUUGGGAUAAUGAGAUUACCAUCAAGGAUAAGAAAACUGGAACGACAGAAUUGUUUUGGAAGCCCACCCAAGAAGUAAGAUGCAAUAGGUUGAAGAGGUACACUAUUCUGCUAGAGGCUCAGUCUGAUUUUGAAUCUGAGAGACUGUGGUCCCACGUAAGUGACGCCAUCUUGCGCGGCGAUCAGCAGACGGCCACUGAUGAAAAGUGCAUUCUAGAGGAGGAGCAAAGAAAAAGCGCGCGAGAGAGAAAGGCCAAACUGGUGGAGUGGGUGCCUAACUUGUUUGAGAGGAAUGUUAUAACUGGGGAAUGGAUUUAUAAAUAUGCUGAGUUAGUUGCCAUUGAUUGGAAUUUCACGAUCGACACAUCCCUGAAAAAUAGUUGGCGACCAUGGGACCCACUGAAUGACGUCAUACAGUUUGAAAGAGAUUUCAUCAUCAGUACGAAGACCCACCACCAAACGCCCAUCGUACACACGACCAGCAUCACGAGCAUGGAGGAAAAGCCCACAGUCGGAAAUCCCCAUCACGGACAUUCCAGACAUCCGUCUAUGGAUUGCGCCAAUAGAAUGAAGAGGAUCAAAAUGAGGUCGAUGUGUCCUAAUAAUCCGACCGCUGAUAGGUCAGUUGUCGUUGUUGGGAGCGCGAAUGAGGAAGCGACACGACGCAACAGAUCUGUGGAAGAUGAUGGCGAUAGUGAAUCGUCUCUAUCCGCUGUUGAAGCCUCAGCCAAUGAGAGACAAGUGGGAAUUGUCAGCCCGACGUUCGGCGACAGCGUUCAUUCGCUUAUUCAAGUUCAAAAAGACACUACCGAGAAGUUAGCGAGCGUGCAACUACAGCUGACAGCUAUGCAGAGUCAGCUAAGAAGCUUAGCCGUUAACAGUAGCCCAGCUACAUAUUCAGUUCAUGAUAAUGUAAAUAGGCAUGCUUCGUUCGGCAGGUUUGAUCAGAGGGAUUUUAUUGUGUUUCUGUUUGCGGUAUUCAUUCAAGGAUUCUUCGUUUGGUUCUUCAAGUAG